AUUCAAGUAGUGUUUGGCGCGGUGAUAAGGGUAGGUAUCUAAGGUCGUUAGAUCACGAUGUUUUUAUUGUUACAUCUAUUAGUCGCUCAACAGAUAUUGAACAUUAAUCACGUUUGUUUUGUUAAUAAGAAAGAAAUACUUUCCGUACACAAUCAUAAUGUCUAAAGUUUCAUUGGAUGAUAAAACUAUGGCAAGGCAAAACGGAAUCGUUCAACCUCUACUUACUGAUCUUUAUCAAAUAACAAUGGCAUAUGCAUAUUGGAAAUCUGGUAAAGUGAAUGAUGUUGCUGUGUUUGACCUAUUUUUUCGCACAAACCCAUUCCAAGGAGAAUUUACUAUAUUUGCUGGUCUUGAAGAAUGCUUAAAGUUUUUACAGAAUUUUCAUUAUUCAGACAGUGAUAUAGAAUACUUAAGGCAAACAUUGCCAUCAACAAUAGAAUCUGCAUUUUUUGAUUACUUAAAAGAUUUAACCUGUAAAGAUAUCAUUUUAAGUGCCAUCGAAGAAGGAUCUGUUGUAUUUCCAAGAGUUCCAUUAUUAAGAGUCGAAGGCCCGCUGAUAAUCGCUCAGUUGUUAGAGACAACUCUUUUGACCCUGGUUAAUUUUGCAAGUCUUAUGGCUACAAAUGCAGCUCGCUACAGAAUGUUUGCUGGCAAACAUAUCUCUUUAUUGGAAUUUGGACUGAGAAGGGCACAGGGACCGGAUGGAGGACUUUCAGCAUCGAAAUACUCUUAUAUUGGAGGUUUCGAUGGUACGAGCAACGUCUUAGCGGGCAAGAUGUUCAAUAUCCCCGUAAAGGGGACGCAUGCACACUCCUACGUGACGUCAUUCAGUACACUUGAUGACAUACAAUGCGUUACAUUGCAACACGCCGAAACACAAGAGCAAUGUAAUCUUUUAGAGAAAGCUUUAGAUUGGCGGAACAGGCUCUCGCUGAUAUUGGACGCGUCUCCCGAAGAAGCGAGCGACGGAGAGCUGGCGGCUUUGAUAUCGUAUGCACUAGCGUUUCCUUCGGGUUUCCUCGCGCUGGUCGAUACCUACGACGUGAAGAGGUACCGCUUUGAUGGCUUGCACAGGCAACACAUGAAUGGGCAUUCCGGCUACAAUAGCAACUGUGGAACCAAUGGUAUUACACCGGCUAUCCGUAGUAGAUGUGGAUACACGGUCGAACGCACACUGAGGAGCGGUUUACUGAACUUUUGCGCUGUUGCAUUGGCAUUACACGAGUGUGGAUAUACAGCUGUUGGGAUACGAAUCGACAGUGGCGAUUUGGCUUACCUCUCAGUAUUAGCGAGAGAUACCUUCAAGAAAAUAGCUGACACUUUCGCCCUGCCCUGGUUCGCUAAGCUGACUAUCGUCGCCUCAAACGAUAUAAAUGAAGACACCAUAUUGAGUCUUCAUGAGCAAGGUCAUGCAAUUGACUGUUUUGGCAUCGGAACACAUUUAGUUACAUGCCAGCGUCAGCCAGCCUUGGGAUGUGUCUACAAGUUGGUAGAAAUAAAUGGUCAGCCACGCAUCAAGCUCAGCCAAGAUGUCGGAAAAGUAACAAUUCCCGGUCACAAAGAGGCGUAUAGAUUAUUCGGCGCGGAUGGUCACGCGCUGAUAGAUCUAUUGCAACGUUCGUCGGAAGCGGCGCCUGAGGUCGGGCAGAAAGUACUCUGUCGUCAUCCCUUCCAAGAAUCCAAGAGGGCUUACGUUAUACCCAGCAAAGUCGAACAUCUUUAUAAGAUAUACUGGAAAGACGGACAGAUCAGCACCGCACCAAAGCCGUUGUCCGAAGUUCGUGAAAGAGUUCAGGCCUCGCUAAGAACUCUACGUCAGGAUAUCAAGAGAAAUUUGAAUCCUACACCAUAUAAGGUCGCAGUUAGCGAUGACCUCUACAGUUUUAUUCACGACUUGUGGCUACAAAACGCGCCGAUCGGUGAAUUAUCUUGAAGUAAAUCCAAAACGGAAUUUAACCGGAAUAAAACACGUAAACGUUAACUUUUUAAAAUUUAAAAUUAUUAGUAGAUAUUUCAUCUACUAACUAAGCGUGUAUAGGCUUGGUUAAUAUAUAAAACUUACAGAUGACCGUUAUAACAUGUUAAUGCAUGUUUACUGUACCUAACUGACAUUUAAAAUCCCCGGUUGACAGUUUAAUGAUGGCAUAGUCAAUUUGUGACAAUGUCAGUUAUAAACUGUCACAUUAUUAGAAAAAAUAUUUUUGAAUCAAUUUCAUUAUUUUACUGUAUUAAAUAAGAAACAAAUAUUUUUUGGUGAUUUCGAUCAAAUUUAUAUUGGUUUUAAUUUGUAAAUAAAAUUGAAAAUCAUGUACAUUUUUAAUUAAUUAUAAUGAUUAGGGACCUGUGAAACUAAACACUGCAUUUAAGGUAGAGAUAGACGAUAAAAAUCUAUUUUCAAUCAAAACAUAUAAUUUGAUAUGCCAUAUAAAUGUUACAUAGCUAAUGUGGAGGGUAUAUAAUUGAUGUAGCAAAAAAAGCUUUUUUGUAAAACGACUCGUAGCCAUUACGGUAUUUAGGUAUAUGCUGGUUAACCAAAUAAGAAUAAUAAGUAUUCGCAAAUAAACAAUAUUUUUACUCUUCAAAGUAUAAAUGUUUAUUCAUGUAUUGUCUCUAAAUUGUGUACGCGCACAAAUUGUGAACAAACUUAUAACGAUUACGACUACUAAUAUAAAAUAUUUACUACAUUUAUUACCUUCCCCCCCCCCCACAAAUGUUUUUACAAGUGCUAAAAAUGUAUCAUUGUAAAGCAUAACCGAUUCAUUCAGAUACCAAAACGGUGGCAUUUUGCUUGAGUGUCAAAGAAAUUAUGUGACUUUUUUAGACAAGACAAGGACAAUCAAAAUGGGGCAUGAAUAUCUAAGCAUCUCCUUGAGACGGCUAAUCUUUACUAUAUACUUAUAUUCUCCCUGGUUUUCUUUCUGUCUCUGAGGAGUAUUUUUUUGCCAUGUACCCCAAUUUUGUCUUUCUUCUAACAUUCUUGCAAAGAUCUGUCUGUAUGCGACAGGCAUUAAUUGUUUAGUUUAAAGUGUGGAGUAUUCAUGAAAAAUAUCUAAGUCUCAGCCCUUUUCUUCAUGAAUACUAGCUUUUUCCUUGUUGUUAUUUUUUAGAU